UUGGUAGGAGGAGAGGUUAGGUUGUGCCGGUUGUGUUUAUUCUGGUUUUCGAAAAAAUUGGAGAUGUCUAAGAUAUUUACGCCGAUUAAUCAGAUCCGGCUCACUAAUGUGGCCGUUGUCAGGAUGAAGAAGCAGGGGAAGAGGUUCGAGAUAGCCUGCUACAGGAAUAAAGUCGUAUCGUGGAGGACUAAAUUAGAACAAGACAUUGACGAAGUUCUCCAGACCCACACAGUCUUCACGAACGUCUCAAAGGGUCAAGUAGCGAAGAAGGAGGACCUCCUGAAGGCCUUCGGCACGGACAACCAGACAGAAAUCUGCAAGGAGAUCCUCUCCAAAGGGGAGCUCCAGGUCUCCGACAAGGAGAGACACUCCGCCCUGGACUCAAUGUUCAAGGACAUAGCAACGACAGUAUCCGACAAAUGCGUGAAUCCAGAGUCGAAGAGGCCAUACCCAGUGUCAAUGAUAGAAAAAGCGAUGAGGGACGUCCACUUCUCGGUGAAGCCCAACAGAAACGCCAAGCAACAGGCGCUAGAAGUGAUUCCCCAGCUGAAGUCGGUGAUGCCCCUGGAGAGGGCGCAGAUGAGACUGCGGGUGGUGCUCAGUGGUAAAGAGGCGAGGAAGCUGAGGGAUAAGACCGUCAAGCUGGCGAGUAAGGUCGAGACCGAGAACUGGGACGGGGGAACGCUCAAUCUGACGUGUCUCAUAGAUCCUGGGAAUUACAGGGAGAUCGACGAGUUGAUCAGGAGUGAGACCAGGGGGGCUGGCAUUGUGGAGCUCGUGAAUCUCAAGGAGGUGACUGAGGGGGAGGAACUGUUGGAGUGAUUUGGUCUUUUAUGGCGAGGGCUCAAGGCAACACAAUUGGAAAUAAUUGAUUGAACCAAUAUUCAUUGUUAACAUUGUUGAAUAUCGCUGACUAUUCAUGGCGAUUUUUUCUACGAUUGGGGGGAUUGAAAUACUAUCUCUCAAAUUUUUUCAGAAUUUUUCGGCAGCCCAGUUUAGAGAUGUGAUUUUUUUCUCGUUUUCACGUUUUUUUCAAUAAGUCGAGGUCUAUCCAUGCAAAUUUGAUUUAUUAAGCGUCAAAAUUUUUCAUUUUUUAUUGCCUAUACCAUUGUUUAUCGAAAAACUGAAGUUUUCUCUUUAUAUUCUAUCAAUUACAAAAAAAAGUAGAUAGACACCUGUUUUAUAUUUAAAGAUUUAAUUACCCAUAAUUCGAUAAGUUUUCACAUAAAAAUCAUAAUAUAUACAGUAGAAGUUACGUCAUAUGAGUAAAUGUUCAGUGUAUAACGUUUCCAUAAGUCUUCUAAACAAUUUCUAUACAACAUUGAUUCGAUCAAAUGAA